AUGGCAGACGUCAAGGAUACGCCGUCCAAUGGAACGGGCGACCAGGAUGUUUCGCCGUCUGUCGCCAGGGAAUCAAACGGACAGAAGGCAGGACUGGCGAAAGGCCAGCGAAAGCCGCCACACCGUCGCGAAAGGUACUUCGGCGACAGUAGCAAUGCCGCGGAAGCGAAGAAAGAGACGAAAGGGAAGGCCGGAAUUGCCGCGCAAGGUUCCGGGCUUAAAGCGGCAGGGGGUCUAGGGGACGCGGCGCGGGGUUUAGGGUUGGCGGCGAGAGAGGCUGGAGGCGGGGAGGCGAAAACGGACUGGAGCGCGUGGGGGAAGGAUUCUGCGGAUGACGAGGGGAGGGGGAAGGGCGAGGAGCGGAGGGAGGAAGGAAUGGUGGAGGAAGGGGAGGUGGAGGAUGAUGAGGAGGGAGAGGAUGGUGUGGACGCGGAGACGCGCGGCAGGAUGGGCAAGUACAGCCGCGGCAAGGCGCUCAAAACCGAGAAAUUUCCGGGCAGAUUGAAAGCAAAGAUGGAGCAUCGGGAGAAGGUGAUUGGGCAAGGAGUCUUGACGGCUGCCCAGGCAGAGAAGUGGCUGUUGCCGUCAGAAGCAGGGUACUUGGAGGCGGAGGGAGUGGAGCGCACGAGCAACCUGUGUCAAGCCGACAUCGUGCAGCACGUGGGGGCUGCCAGCCGACGAGCUGCCUUCGAUCUCAAACUGCCAGAGCUGGGCCCGUACAAGGCGGCCUACUCGCUCAACGGGCGCAGCCUGCUGCUGGGGGGGCGCAAGGGGCACCUCGCUGUGGUGGACUGGCGGCGCUGCCACGUCACCACUGAGAUCCAGGUGAGGGAGACGGUGCAUGAUGUGUGCUUCCUCCACAACGACCUCUUCUUUGCCGCUGCGCAGAAGAGGUACACCUUCAUUUACGACAAGAGGGGAAUAGAGCUGCAUUGCCUCAAGAACAUCACGGGCAGCGGGGCGCUGCGCUUGCAGUACCUGCCGCACCACAUGCUGCUGGCGUCCAUCUCCAAGGGCGGUGUGCUGGACUACGUGGACACCACCACGGGCCGCCACGUGGCGCACUGCAAGACGCGCAAGGGGCGCUGCGACGCCAUCACAGCCGACAGCCGCACGGGCGUGAUCUCCCUGGGCCACAGCAACGGCAGCGUCACCCUCUGGAGCCCGUCCUUGGGCAACCCCCUCGCCACACUCCUUGCGCACCACGCGCCGCUGACGGCCAUUGCGACUGAUGUGUCGUCGGGGCGGUACCUGGUCACGGCGGGCAUGGAGGGGCGCGUGCGCGUGUGGGACGUGCGCACGCUGCGCGAGCUGCACUCGUACGUCUCGCCCUCGCCAGCGAGGACGGUUGCACUGAGUCAGCGCGACAUGCUGGCAGUGGGGUUCGGAUCGGCAGUGGAGGUGUGGAAGGAGGCGCUGACAGCGAAGCAGCUCACGCCGUACCUAAAGCUCAGGAUUCAGUCGAGUGGAGCGAACAGGAACACCAGGAGUGGUGGGGGAGGCGGGGCAGCAGCCACUUUCGCCGGAACCACAGCAGCAGCAGCGGUGGAGAGACUUUCCUUCUGCCCGUACGAGGACGUUUUGGGCGCCGGGCACGCGGAAGGAUUCUCUUCGCUGCUGGUGCCCGGGGCAGGCGAGGCGAACUUUGACUCGUUUGUGGCGAACCCGUUUGAGACGAGGAAGCAGCGGCGCGAGGCGGAGAUCCACAUGCUGCUGGACAAGCUGCCCCCUGAGUCCAUCAUGCGCGAGCCCGACCGCAUCGGCACCCUCCUCCGCCCCCACGAGCGCCAGCAGGCUCUCACCCACUCCCUGGCUUCCAAGGCUAACGCUGCAGCUCGGGCAAAGAGCCUUGGGAAGAGCCCUGGGGCGGAAAGGAAGGGAGGGGGGAAGAACGGUGGGGAAGGUGCUGGUGGUGGGGGAGGGGGAGGGGGAGGGGAGGAGGAGGGGGAUGAAGAGGAUGAGGAGGGUGAGGAGGAAGGAAAGGAUGGGGCGAAGCGGCGUCGGGAGAAGAACAAGACCAAGGGGCGGAACAAGCCAUCGAAGCGAGCCAAGAAGAGAAAGAUGAACAUCAUUGAGAGCAAGAGGGAGGCCACGCGGAGAGACGUGCGCGCCAAGGAGGGCGGAGGAGGGGCAGGGGCGAGCAGAGGAGGGGAGGAAGGGAAGUCUGCAGUGCCACUUGCUCUGGCUCGGUUUCAACGAAAAGGGGCAUUGUGA